CAGGACGCUCUCUGACAGAAGCGCGUCACCGACAAGUUGUUAUACUGAAGUUUGACGGAAGAGGCGCAGCUACCGGAUAAAAACAACAAGAAGAAGAGAGUUUCACGUUUCAUUGUUUUUCUUCUUCUUUUCUCUAAACUACCAACCGGACCAAGGGAGCCGCCGCCUCCAGUCCCACAGAGUAACUUCGGAGGAGCGUUUUGUGACCUGCUGCCUCACACGCUUUAUGUAUCUGGAUUUACUUCGUCUAUCCCGCCGUCCUACUAUGGUCAUAAUGGAGGUGCCCACCAUCAACUGUGCGUCCCUGUAUGCCUUGCUAGAGAGCGACGUCCAGGGCUGCCUGCUGCUGGACUGCCGCUCCUUCCUCUCCUUCAACUCGUCGCACAUUUCGGGCUCCACCAACGUGCGCUUCAGCACCAUAGUGCGCCGGAGGGCCAGGGGGGGGCUCGGACUCGAGCACAUCGUCCCCAACGAGGAGACCCGGAGCCGGCUGCUCUCCGGGCACUACCAGUCCGUGGUGCUGCUCGACGACCGCAGUUCGGACUUAAGCCAGGCGAAGAAGGACGGGACGCUGAUGCUCGCUGUCGGCGCACUGUGCCGCGACCCCUCCGGAGCGAGUGUUUUCAUCCUUAAAGGUGGGUUCGACCACUUUUCCACAGAGUAUCCAGAGAUGUGCACCAAGCCCUCCCCUCCUCAAGGUCUCUGUCUGCCCCUGAGCUCCAGCCACCCUGGGAGUGCAGACCCAAGUCCAUGCAAUACCCCGUUAUACGAUCAGGGCGGCCCUGUUGAGAUCCUUCCCUUCCUGUACCUGGGCAGUGCUUACCAUGCCUCCAGAAAAGACAUGCUGGACAUGCUGGGGAUCACCGCUCUGAUUAAUGUCUCCGCCAACUGCCCCAACCACUUUGAGGAGUCCUUCCUGUACAAGAGCAUCCCUGUGGAGGACAACCACAAAGCCGAUAUCAGCUCCUGGUUCAAUGUGGCAAUCGAGUUUAUCGACUCGGUGAGAAAUAAAGGAGGCCGCGUGUUUGUGCACUGUCAAGCUGGCAUCUCCCGCUCUGCCACCAUUUGCCUCGCCUACCUCAUGCGGACCAAUCGCGUGAAGCUGGACGAGGCUUUCGAGUUUGUCAAGCAGCGUCGCAGCAUCAUCUCCCCCAACUUCAGCUUCAUGGGGCAGCUGCUCCAGUUUGAGUCGCAGGUGCUGGCCUCGUCCACGUGCUCCUCGGAGGCAGGAAGUCCGGCGAUUGGCAAGAGCGCCACGGUCUUCAACUUCCCCGUCUCCAUCCCUGUACACGGCUCCGCUGGGCAGCUCUCAUUCCUCCACAGUCCCAUCACCACUUCUCCCAGCUGCUGAGGCCGGUGUGGGUGACACAGACUCUGUUUGGACUUGAACUGCACCUCACGAGUGACUUUGCACAGAGCACCGCACAACACACAGUCCUGAUUAUAAUUCAUUUUGUGGUGAUGCUGGUAUCACCAUGCGGAAUGUGAGCUUUUGUGUGAGGUCUGCACAUUUCACUCUGAUCUGCUGGCCACAUCACUGUGGGUCAGCCUCAUCAUUUCAAGGGGAGGCUUGAUAACUACCAACAAACAGUAUUGAUGUUAAAACUCUUUAAUGUGACUUUAAAACCAGGGAUGACUUGGGAAAUGGCUGAAAAAUUUGCGAAUGUUAUUCCCUAAGAGUAAACGAUUAGUAUUUGAAUAUUCUUUAUUCAAAGCACAGCUUUUUUUAAUGACGGCAACUGCUUUUGAUAAUCACAAUCAUUGAAAACUAAACAAUGUGGAGAGGGCUAACAUUUUUCUCAGGAAUAUCCUCUCAGUUGUCCAGUUUGCUUUCUGUACUGGGUAAAGAAACCCUGUCGUGCAAAGCGGAAGUUGCUCCUUCAUCUGACGAACAAUGAAUGUAUCCCCCCCCCACUCUUCAGUGUAGAUGUGGCAGAAACCUUCAUGCUCACUUUGAGAGUUGUGCGAGGUUGCCAAUCCAAAUGCCAAUACCUGACUUUCGAGGCAUCAUGAAACGUUUUUGGAUUAUCCCAAAGACGGGUUGGGGAAACCAACCAUUAAAUACCUCAUGUUUCUGUACUGUGUACUGCGCCGCUGAGGCAGACGGGGCCCCAGAAAACUACUAACAUGGGGGGGCCACGUAGUCUUCAGCGAAUUGAUUCUGACAUAUUUAUUGAACCAAAGUAAUAUAUUUCUUUAUCAUAUCUAUUUUUGCAUAUGUUUGUUUUUAAUUAUGUUUUUAUACCGUUGAAUAAAUCUGAUUUGACUUUUGUA